GGCUUUCAUAGUAACCACCAAAAGACAGGGACAGUUCGAAAGACUGCAUGCAGUGCAAGGACAUUUAGACCAAAGAGUCGGCGUCAACUCCUCCAAGAAGACCAGAAAGACAAAGCAGAUGGCACCACAGACUCCACAGCAGCUAAAAACCCCUGGAAAACUAAAAACUAAGAAAACUUAAUGGAUAGCUACCACUAUCGCCAGCUCAACACAGAAGCAUAAUACGGACAUGACAAUGUACGCGGGCUACAGAGUCAUCACGGAGUACAACUUCACUAGACACCUAAAUGACACACAGGCAGUCAUCUCAGAUUUUUGGCGGACGGCUUCAGAGAAUCACCAGCAUUACUUUAUCAGCCUCAUCCUCUCAAGCCUCUACACCAUAUUCCUCUUCCCUGUCGGCUUCAUUGGGAACAUCCUCAUCUUAGUAGUCAACCUGGACUACAGCAGCUGCUUGACAGCCCCAGACCUCUACUUUGUGAACCUGGCCAUGGCCGACCUCGUCCUUGUGGCUGACUCUCUGAUCGAGGUGUUCAACCUGAAGCAGGGCUACUACAACAAGGCCGGCCUCUGCACCUUCAUGAACCUGUUCCAGCAGGUCAACAUGUACAGCAGUGUCUUCUUCUUAACAUGGAUGAGCUUUGAUCGGUUCGUUGCGCUGACUGGCAUCAUGGGGCGCAGCAUGCCGCGCGCACGCCUCAGCUGCUGCCUCAUCUGGGCAUCCUCGUCCGUGCUCACCCUGCUGUCUUUUGCUAUAGCUCAAGCUCAGCACGCUGGGGAACUCAACUUCUGCUUCGCCAACAUGACCCAGAUUCAGUGGCUGGAGGUGACACUGGGUUUCUUGCUGCCUUUCUGCGUCCUGGGCCUGUGCUACUGGAGAAUAGCACAGGUGCUCCGGCGCAGCCAGAGGGAGGAGGACGGCCUGCACCAUAGGCCUCGCAGGCAGAAAACCCUGCGGAUGAUCUCAGCAGCUGUGUUAGUUUUCUUCCUCUGCUGGCUCCCAGAGAAUGUGUUUGUAAGUGUUCACCUCCUGAGAGGUGACACAAACGGCGGCACGCUGUGGCAGGACUACCCCCUGACAGGCCAUGCCGUCAGGCUGGCGGCCUUCUCCAACAGCUGCCUGAACCCACUCAUCUACAGCUUCCUUGGGAAGACCUUCCAGGAUAAAAUGAGGCUUUUUCUCCAGCAGAAGAGCAGAUGGAUCAAGCUGCAGAGGUCAGCCUCGGGAAAAUCCAUCUACAGUAUGUACCAGCUGCAAACACAUGGGGCCAUGCAGCAUGCGACGGACCGAGCCAGUUCACACAAUUAAGCUCCAGCAACCUCCCACUAACUGUUAUGCUCCCUUCAAAUAAAAAGAAGCCGCAUAUGGUAGGUCUCAGAGAUUAACACAUAACUGAUAU